CCUGUCACCGGCGGGUCUCAGGCUUUGCGCUCUCCCCGGAGCUGCAGUGGGGGAACGGGCAGGGCAGUCACCUGCGGGACGGGUGGCGUUUGGGUUCUGUCCCGCCCAGGGCGGCUCGACGUGACCACAGCCAGACCAUGGGGACGGCGCUCGUGUACCACGAGGACAUGACGGUCGCCCGUCUCCUCUGGGACUACCCCGAGUGCGAGAUAGAGUGUCCUGAGCGGUUGACUGCAACCCUGAAGCGCCUGCAGCAGCGUGGUCUGGAACAGAGGUGCUUGCGGCUGGAGGCGCGCGAGGCCUCAGAGGCGGAGCUAGGCCUGGUGCACAGCCCAGAGUACGUGGCCGUGGUGCGGGGGACCCAGGCCCUGGGCACAGGGGAGCUCCAGGCACUGUCUGGACAGUACGACUCGGUCUACUUCCACCCGAGUACCUUUCACUGUGCCCGGCUGGCUGCAGGGGCUGCACUGCAGCUGGUGGACGCUGUGCUGACGGGGGCCGCGCGCAACGGGCUCGCUCUCGUGAGGCCUCCUGGCCACCACAGCCAGCGGACGGCCGCCAAUGGGUUCUGUGUGUUCAACAAUGUGGCUAUAGCGGCUGAGCACGCCAAACAAAAACACGGGCUACACAGGAUCCUCAUUGUCGACUGGGAUGUCCACCACGGCCAGGGCAUCCAGUACAUCUUCGAGGAUGACCCCAGUGUCCUCUACUUCUCCUGGCACCGCUAUGAGCAUGGGCGCUUCUGGCCCUUCCUGCGAGAGUCAGAUGCAGACGAGGUUGGCCGGGGCCGUGGUCACGGCUUCACUGUCAACCUGCCCUGGAACCAGGUGGGGAUGGGAAACGCUGACUACGUCGCGGCUUUCCUGCAUGUGCUUCUCCCCCUGGCAUUUGAGUUUGACCCUGAGUUGGUGCUGGUCGCCGCCGGCUUCGACUCGGCCAUUGGGGACCCGGAGGGGCAUAUGCGGGCGACGCCAGAGUGCUUUGCCCAUCUCACACAGCUGCUGCAGGUGCUGGCCGGUGGCCGGGUCUGCGCUGUCCUGGAGGGCGGCUACCACCUUGAGUCACUUGCAGAGUCAGUAUGCAUGAUGGUGCAGGCACUGCUGGGCGAUCCCGCCCCGCCUCUGUCGGGGACCAUGGUGCCCUGUGAGAGUGCCCUGGAGUCCAUCCAGCGGGUCCGGGCGGCCCAGGCCCCUUACUGGACAAGCCUGCAGCACCAGGACAUGGGUCCCGUGCUGAGUCCCAGCGCCUGCUCCCCAGAGGGGAGGCCCCUGCUGCCUGGGGGUCCUGCGUACAUGGAGGCAGCAGCCGCUGAAGCGGCCGAAGCAGCGGUAGCGCUGAGCUCCCUCCUGGACCGGCUACGCCUCCAGCCCCCGCCGCCAGUCCGCACAGCUGUUGCCUUGACGUCAGCAGACACUGCCCUGGUCCUGCCCUCUGGUGUCCUCCAUCAGGAGGGGUCAGCCCCGAGGGAGGAGACGGAGGCCUGGGCCAGGCCCCAUGCGGCCCUGGCCCAGGAUGGGGCCCUCACUGCGCUCGGGAAGGUCCUGAACCUCGUGGACAGGAUCCUGGAUGGGCAGGUGAGCAGCGGCAUCACCGCCACACCUGCCCUUGCCACUGCUGCCACCCUGGACGUUGCCAUCAGGCGUGGUCUACACCUCGGGGCCCAGAGGCUGCUCUGCGUGGCCGUGGGACAGCUGGAGCGGCCCCCAGACCUCUCCGAUGACAGGAGGAUUCUGUGGCUGAGCAUCGGAGGCCAGGAGGCAGCAGCUCCUUCCAUGUUCCACGUCUCUGUGCCGCUGCCACAGGUGACUGGGGGGCUCCUGAGCUGUGUCUUGGGCUUGGUGCUGCCCCUGGCCUAUGGCUUCCAGCCCCACCUGGUACUGGUGGCUCUGGGGCCAGCCCAUGGCCUGCAGGACACCCAUGGUGCACUUCUGGUCUUGAUGCUUCGGGGACCAGGAGGGGGCCGAGUCCUGGCCCUGGUGCAGGAAUCCAAACCCCAGCUUGUAGGAGCCCUGGCCCGGGCGCUGCAUGGAGAGGCAGCCCCCAGCCUGGGCCCCUGCUCCGUGGCCUCACCCGAGGAUGUGCAGGCCCUGAAGCACCUGAGAAGGCAGCUAGAGCCGAAGUGGAGGAUGCUGCAGGUGGCUGUGACGCGUGACAGGCGCGGGAACGCUGACCUCUCCACGCGGAGGACGCUGCCCGAGGCCUCCUCCCCCAGACUCCCUUCCUGGCUUGCGGGGCCCCGGCGCACCCAUUAA